AGGCCCCAGCGUGGGCAAGUUCAGACCCCUGUCCAGGCCACUCCUUUAUUCUGCUCCUGUUCCAGUGCACUAAACUGGGGAGGUGCCAUGGAAACUCCUUGAUUAAUCACGGACUGUUUAGACACAAAUAAUAAAACUCAUCUUCCAUGAAGGAGAGAGAGGAACACCAACUGGGUUUUGCUAAGAUUAGGCUCUUACAGGAGAUUUCAACCCAAAAUAGAACUGCUCUUUUGGCUUUCUGCAUUGGUGUCUUUCUGCCCCUCAGUCCUCCUGUAGCUAUACGGAAUGGUCAGAUUGCCUGGUUUGGACCCUGCAGCAUCACAGGGUGUUUCCAAUUAUCCACGGGAGCAGGAGGCACUGAGGGUGGGCUGGUGUGUGGGAAGCAGGACUGGUGAAUCCUUUGGUGUUGGCACAGUCCUGCUGAUGGAAAUGUGAAGCCAAAGCACCCUUUUGUUCCAGGAACUGUGGCAGAGGAUACAGCUUAAGGCAGUCCCUGCUGACUUGCAGAGGGAUACUCUGCCCCUGUGCUGGAAAUCUCCCAGGAGCUUUGCUUUCCUGGCCUCCACAAGCCCUCCCCACUUCACCUCCUUGCAGCCAGCAGCUUUUUUUCCUAGUGCCUUUUGCAUCAGCAGUGUCAGGGUUCCAAAUUCUUCCUGGUCUGUAGCGCUCUUUUCAAUUGUCCUGGGGCUUUUACAUCGCUGUUGGGCACUGCUACAAGUAUGGCUGGAGCAGGGAAUUCUGGACAGGGCUCUGUGUGAAUGAAUGAGCUCUGUGGGAGCUUGAAUGAGCUCAGCCCCUCCUGCCUGCUGCCUUGUGUCCCAAACCCUGGCCAGCUAAAGCUCCUUCAGCCAGGGGGGUGCAUUUUGAGCAGCCAGCCACUGUCUGCGGGGAGCAAAGCUGUGGCUGUGUGUAAAACCAUCCGGGACAUGGCUUUUCCUGUAUUUCUCAGGUGCAGGAGAUAUUUCUGGUCAUGCAGGGGAUCUGUGAGGGCAGCAGUGCAUCCACAGCUCCCAGCCGUGAUCCUGCUCGCACAGCACCAGCUCCUCAUUGCCUGUGGAACUGCUGGUCAAGGUCUGUGCCAGUGCUUGAAGUCUGACAGCUGCACGUUGGAUUCUGGGGUGAUUCAUUGUCCCAAAGAAACAAAUUCCUCAAAGUCUUCCUCUUGAAAGGACUUACACAUCAGAAAUGAAAAUGGGUUAGAAACACGCUGCAUUCCCAGAAUGGGGCAGCCCUGAGGUCACAGCUUUGUCAUUGCGGCAGAUCCGUGAAGGGAAGCGGUUUGGUGUCAGCUGUGCGUUAAAUAUUCUACCUUGGGGAGCUGAGAGAAUGUCCUGGCAGGUGCCAGCCUGUCCCUGCCAUGUCCUGGCUGAGCAGCUGAGGUGGCUCCUGGUUCAUUUGAAUCCCACAGGAGGAAUAUCCUACUUGGGCUAUUGUCCUGUAUUGUCAGGCACACAGGUUCCUUGGUUCCCUUUGCCUAAUGGAGCUUCCAAGUGGCCCACACUGGGUGGUCUCUUUGCCCAAGGCCAAGCUUGGCUCUGUCCCCAAAGCUGGGAUGAAGAAAUGAGGGACAGGCGAGCAGGGUCCCUGGGCUCGCAGCACUUUCUGACCCAGUGAUGGGGAAAUGCCAAAUGCCACAAGGGUGUUUGGCCUGGUAAAACAACAGACUUGAAACACAGGGCAUCACUCAGGGACACAUACAGCCUGUGUCCCAUCCAGGGCAGGGCAGAGAAAGGCCAAGAAACAGCUUCUGCAUUUCCACAGCAGCAUUUCCCAAUCACUGUUUAUGCCACCUGGGUCACUCCUACUCAGAUCACCUGGAUUUCUUCUUUCCAAGCCCCACCUUUUUGGAACCCUGGGUACCUCACUCUGACACUAUCUGCACCCAACUAAAUUUUUUUCUAACUCCUUGCUCCUUUUGGAAGACACCAGGGACAGUGCAAGGCUUUGAAAGCCAGGGAGAUGUGGCACUAUCUGCUAGGAGGGAAUAAGUAGAUUCAGUCUUAGCUUCCUUCUGCUUUUCAAUGCUAAACACUGUUUAUUUCUUGGUGCUGCAAGAUUGGGUAAGAAGGUAAAACAAAGGCAUUUACAAACAAUCUCAAUAUUACAAAGCCGCAAUUAAGAAUAAACUAUGACUUGUGUGGUGUGAUCCAUGGGUUUGGUUUGGGAUUGGAGUGCCAGAGUUCUCUAGCUGUAUUUGGAAAGCAGUGCAAUACUGUGUUACAUUUCCAGUUCCCUCUUGUGCUGCUAUCUGAGGACAGGAGAGCUUGAACCCAAGGCUUGAAGCACUGGGAAUGCUGGUGCUUCUCUAAGACUGGCUCUGGUUUUUCCCCAAGCUAUGGAGUUGUGCAUAAAGGUUUUCCUUAAGCUCAAGGGCUUUGUGUGCCUCACCCAUGGCUUCCAGAUGCCACUUCCCUCCUGCAGCAGAAGCAGCUGCUGAAGUUGACUCUUCUCAUUGCAGUUAAUUCUUAGGGGAUCUUUGCACUAAAGAAGAGAUGGAAAGUGAUUUCCAGUGCAUUUGUCCUCUUGAUUAGGCAUGGAAUAUAUUUCUUCCCCUUGUCUCGAGUCUUCAGUUUUAUUUUGCUGCUCAGCAGCAGGAUCAGCAAGGUGUGUGCAAGGAGCUCAGUGCCUUGGCUCCUGGCUAGUGGCAGACACUGCUCCCGUCUGCAGUUGGGGCUGGAUUAACCCUGGGCUGAUGCUGGGAGUGGAGCCCACAGCCCUGUCAGCCCCAGCACACCCAGCACAGCUGCUCUGUCACCCUCAGGGCUGUUUUGCAGCCCCCUCACAGAGAUCAUGGCUGUAUCCAGCUCCAUCCAGCACUGCCCCAGCAAGAGGGAGAGAAGCAUUUCCUGGUGGUUUUGGGAGCAUUUUGUCUGAAGAUGUUGGCUAGAUUUCCAUGUGUUUCAUAUGAGGCGUGUCCCAGUUGUUAUUGUUUGUGCUGGCCACUUGCUCAGCUCUCAGUGCUGCUUUUCCCACUUGCAGCUUCCCAAUGUCUCACCCAGCUGCAAAGCUAACAAGGCUUUGCAUUUCUAAGGGGAUAACCAAAACAUCCCUGCAUUUGUCAGCCUUUUUGUCCCUUCUUUCCUUCUUGAUUGACCUGUUGCCCUACUGAAACCUUGGCCAUGUAGGAGGCAGGUGAAACCACAAGUUGUUACCUGGACUCUGUAUUUUUACCGUUUUGCAAGCAAACUCAGGCCCUGAAAUUGUGAAACAAGGAAAACAACUUAGGUUGUAAUUUCUUCAGUAACCCGAUCACCUUGUCCAAAUUCUGUUAUGAUUUCUCUAGUAAUCCAGCCACCUUCUCCACUCCCUGGGAUGGGGUUUGGCAACCUGUUGCAAAUGGGGCAAGAGAGUUUUGAGCAGCAGCUUGCAAGACUGUUUUGUACCAAGGAAUAUUUGCAGAUUCCUACUGCCCAAGAGGCAGGAAUUUUGUGCUGGAACUCCAGGGUAUCACUGAAGCAGUUCACCACUUUGGGAAGCAGCUUUUCCCUCCAAAAGCCUCAGUCCUGGGGCCCACCAGAGCCCUGGGCUGCUCUACCAACACAUAGGUGUGACAUGUGGCUGCCCCCAUCGCCUGGGGCUGCCAGUGCUCACCUCAGCCACCCUGCAAUGCAGUAAUCUUAUUUUAAUGAGCAUUAGGACAUCACAUCAUCUACUUCUGCCCACUGCUGCUGUUUCACUGGACCUUUGUCUCACAGGCUGAUGUCAAACAGAGGAUUUGUCUCCUGACAUAAUGAAAUCUGCAUACAGGAUCUAUGGGUCAUCUUCAGGAUCAGUUAUAUCUUCACUUGGACUGUGUGGAUGUGAUGUGGAUGAGGUAAAGGAGUAUUUACUCAGUCGUCUGAAAACCUCUUUCUGGGGCCUGGUCCCUGGAGGAGGGAUACACAAACUAUUAAAGGAUGCCUUACAAAAAUUCCUGCCUCCAAAUGCUCACGAGCUGUUGUCUGGAAAGCUGCACAUUGUCCUCACCCGUCUGCACGACUGGAGAAAUGUGACAGUGUCUGAUUUUGCCUCGAAUGAGGAGCUGAUUCAGGCUGUGAUGUGCAGCUGCUACGUCCCGGUGUAUUUUGGGUUCUCCCCUCCAAAAUACCGUGGGGUGCGCUACGUGGACGGGGAGCUGGCCAUGUGGAGAGCCAACUUCGUGUCCCGCUCCACCAUCACCAUCUCUGCCUUCGCCGGUGAAUAUGACAUCUGCCCCAGGGAUGGCCCAGCUGCCUUCUUGACCUUCCAGCUCGCUGAUUGUAUCAUGCAGAUCUCAAAAAUGAACAUCUGCCGAUUAAAGAACAUUUUAUUGGUUCCUAAACGUCAGGUCAUGGACCGCUUUCUUAUCGAGGGCUACCAGGACACGGUCUCCUUCCUAAAGAGACUGAGGGAUUUCCAGGUGAAUUACUUUGAGGGCUUCACACUUUCCUUGGCCAAUGAAUCCAUUCAGAAAGGUGAGGAAACCCUGCUCCUGAAGCCACAAAUGAGGGUUCUUCACUCAAGAGCCACCGAUCAUGAGGAUGACACCACAGAGAACUCAGGGAUCAGCCAGCAAAAGAUGAAGAAGAGGAAGCCCCACACCCCUUCUCCACCCCCAGCAAGGGCCAGCUCAGCCACAGAAGAGCAUUUCUGAGCCCACUGCUGCCUUUGGUCCCAGGUUACACUUUAAAGAGGCAAUGAGCAACUUUGAACCCAGCCUGAAGGCUGAGCCUGACCUGCCCUGAGGAGCACAUGGACUGUGCCAGCAAUGCCACAGCACAGGCAGGGCCACAGCCCCUGGAUGAUUCCCAUGAUCCACCUCUAGAGGAGGCAUUCCAGGCUGCUUCUAUCCCCACUGGUGCAGCUGGGCUUCCCACUUUGCUUCCUUAGGGUGAAACAAGCUCCUGCACAAGAUGAUUCCAAUCAACGCCAAACUUUGCGUCUAUCUAUUGCCUCUGGCAAAACCUCCAUUGCCAUUAGCUCCAAGCUCAUGUCUCCAAGAGGAGACAGCAUCAGCCCUGCUUGCUUGAAAAGAUGAGGGAUUAAUAAAGCAAAACCCAGCUGAUUUGAAUACUGAA